AUGCGUGUUUCAGGAGAAGGGGGAGAAAUAUCAGCGUUCAAGGUAUGCAUAUGUGGAGAAGAGUCUGUAGGCAAAACUGCUCUUCUUAACAGAUAUGUUACUGGUUCUUUCAAUUCUGAUUAUCGACCAACAAUUGCCGCAACAUUUGUUUCUUCUCAAGAAAUCAUCGAUCAUCAGGUUGUUGUACUUAAUAUUUGGGAUACUGCCGGUCAAGAAAAAUAUCAAUCUAUGAUGCCUUUAUAUUUGCGAAAUGCUGAAUGCGUUAUUCUUGUUUUCGAUGUAACUAAGAUCUCCUCAUGGAAAUACAUUACUCAAUGGUAUGAAAACGACUUUCCAAACCUAUUUCCAAGACCUGCUUUAUUCAUUUGCGCAAACAAAGCAGACUUAGAGCCUAACAUCGAUAUGAACAGUACAGCUGAAUGGUGCCAGAAGACAGAUAUACCUCUAUUUCAGACUUCUGCUCUAACUGGACUCAAUAUCGCCCAGAUUUUUAAGAAAGUUGCUGGUGAUUUAGAAGCUCAGCACAAAGUUAAGAAAUCAAAUCAACACAGCAACAAAAUGAAAGAGAAGAACACUGGAUCCGGUAGCUGCUGCUAA